GCAGCCACCAAGCCAUGGCAUAUCACCCCAUCGCUCCACCCACCGAGCCGCCCGCACAUCGCUUCCGUCGCACAGGUCGCGCCUUCACGCGACCUUUGGAGUUGAACGACCUCGGGGUCGAGGCGGAUGGCGACAGCACGCGCCUGGCAGGGAUGCUCCACUCAUCAGCCAGCCAUCCAGUGAUUUCUCCGAGCAUCGAAGUGUCCCGAUUGAACCUGAAGGGCGAGUCAGCACAAGGACGGACACCGCGCGAUUCCUUGGAAGAUCUUGACUGUCUACCGGGAGCUGUGACUGCCCGAGAACAUGGGAGCAGAGGCUCUGGUGUGAUUCAUUGGCGGAGAUUGAAGAGAGGUUUCCAAGAAGGAACUGUGCAUGAUCAUUUUGUUUGGUCUGAAGAAGAUGAGCUUGGACGAGGUUCUUUUGGUCGUGUUUUCCGUGGAAAGAGCUGUUAUGAUAGCAAGAAAGCGGUGGCCAUCAAACAGAUGGCUCGUUCCUCGAUCGAAGACGUGGAUCAACUUUGGUCUGAAAUCAACAUCCUGUCGGACUUGGAUCAUCCCAACAUCCUCCGAUUUCUGGAAGCCUAUGAGGACAGAUGUAGCUUUUACAUUGUGACAGAAGCCUGUUUGGGUGGGAAUCUGAUGGAGUGGCUUCAUGAUCUGAAAGGCCAAGAGACUUUGAUUCGCAGGAUUGCCCAAGAAGUCACCGGCGUACUCGCUCAUUGUCACUCCAGGAGCGUUUGCCAUCGGGAUUUGAAACUGGAGAACAUCCUCUUCCUUAGAAGAUCUGUGGAUUCGCCCAUCCGCGUGGCAGAUUUUGGCCUCUCCAAACAGUGUUCUGCCCAUAUCGUCUCCAAGCGCCUUCAGUGGAGCACGGCCCGCGCCACUGCCCUGGGUGGAGGGGCUUUUGAAGACGAGAUCCCGAAGUCCAGGUCGGCCAUGUCGACGGAGUGCAGUGUAGUCAGCUCGGAGCCGGUGGUCCACAGAGCUCCCAAGCAGUUGAUCAAGAUUCGGUCAGUGGCAGGGACUCCUGAAUAUAUGGCGCCAGAAGUCAUCAGCAUCUUGAACCAAGAAGUGGCAAAUCCAAGCAGAGUAGAUGUAAAUUGUUUCCCAGACUUUUACGAUCUGCGGUGUGACAUUUGGUCUUUGGGUGUUUGCAUACAUACAUUGCUGGAAGGGGAGCUUCCAUACGACAUGGAAGACAUGAGCAAAUUUAUUGCAGAGGGCACCCUGCUUCCGAAGUUGAAAUCAUCUACAUCGUCCUUUUGGGCUGCCGACUUCGUGAAACAAUGUCUUUUGAUUGAUUUCCGAGUUCGUCCUGGGGCCAAAAAUCUUCUGGCACAUCGCUGGUUAGCUGAUGCUGAUCCUCAAUGUGGCCCUACUCCACACUCCAGCUCCACCAUUGCAUCACGCUUACGAGCUUUCAGCAAACUCUCCAAGUUCAAGCGAGCUGCUCUGCUGGCUGCUGCUCGGCACCUAGGGUCCUAUGAACAUGAAGAGCUCCGAUGUAUUUUCCAAAAAGUAGAUGUUCAUCAUCAAGGCGAAGUGCCUUUGACGGACCUCAUGGAGUAUUUGACCUUUGCUCCUGCAUCCCCAAGUUCUGGGCAUCAGUGGGUGGCCGAGGCUGUAAAGGUGCUGGAUGCACAGUGUAAAGGAACCAUUGCAUAUACAGAGUUUUUGGCUGCCAUCAUGGACCACAACAUCGAAGAACGCAAGGAUUUAGCUCUGGCGGCCUUUCGCGGCUUUGAUUUGGAUGGGAAUGGUACUAUCACCUCCAUGGAGAUGGGCAGGGUGAUCGAGGAUUGCGAUAGCAUCCUUCCAGACACGCUGAAUGAAGAGGCGGAGUUGGACUUUGCAGAGUUCAUGAAACUUCUGAAGAGUGGGUGAGCUGAAAGUGGCUGCAACCGAAGUUGCGAACAACCUUGUAAUUCGGCGCAGCAAGAGUAUCUAUACAGUAGUUAUAUAUAUAUAAUAUGUCUUUUUUGAACAAUCACUUUCUUGAAGUGAUGCUUCCGUUUCCCAGAUGGGAACCUGUUUUUGGGAGCCCAGCGUUGGCUCAGAUUUGAAUUUGUGCUGCAGCCUGUACAGUUUGGGCCUCCGUAGGCCGAUUUUCGAUUUUCAUGCCACGGCUGGAGAUGGCUGGGGGUGCGCAAUUCAUGGCCUAUGGUCUCACAAAGUGAACAACCAUAGCAUGUCCCAGACAAGCCUAGAUCAAUUUAUUGACCUAGAUAGUAGGGUUACCAAUUUUUAUUCGUUGUGAGAGGGACAAUCUGAUGCAUCAAAUGGAGCAAGCAGCCAGCAGUGCUUUGACCCUUGCUUUCCAGAAUUUGCAGUUGAGGGAGAAACGCGAAAAGUGAGUCUGCAAGAGCUGUUGACCGGUCGAGUAACUAUGUC